GGGGAACGACGACGCUGCCAUGGCAGCUCUCUAGACGGAUCGCAAACCUUCCGAGGACAAGAUGGAGCUGUCGCAGCUUAUACGGAGUUGCUCAGAGUCGGAAGGCGUCUAGUCAGAGCUAUGCUCGAGGGCCGUCGGAGGUUUGUUAAUUAGGAACCUUCCCAGCUUUCCUGGUUUGGUCAUUGAGCUGACGGAUAUUCCCCUUACUGUGCGAGGCAGCCGCCGUUAUUUGAGCAGACAGUCGGCGAUUACUUUGCGGAUACUGUGAAGAAAUAUGGAGAGAGGACUGCGUUAGUUUUGGCGCUAUCUGUUCUGUUCUGUCGUUUGGGGGAAGACUGACGUUAUUGGGACCGGACAGGGUUAUUUCGAGGCACCAGGGCCAGAGAGUGACAUAUAAAGAAUUGGAUCAGAGAAGCAAUUCGCUAGCUCGUGGAUUGGCGUCUACCGGCGUCAAAAAGGGAGACAGAGUGGCCGUGUCUUUGGGAAACGGACUGGAAUAUGCCAUUGUGAGGAUACGUUUGAAGCCAUACUGGAGAGACUGCUGAGCUGACCAUGGAUUUCACAGGCGACAUAUGCUCUGUUCAAACUGGGAGCAGUCCUGGUCCCUCUUAAUCCAUCGUUCAAUUUCAACCAGGUGACAUCUGCCCUCAGCCAUCUGGAGGCUUCCCACUUGAUCAUAAGUACGGAAGUCAACCUACCUCGAAAAGACCCUCGGUCGAACAUUCCCUUACUGCAGGAGCUUGUUCCCGAUCUUCAGUCCGUCAAACUCCAGUCUACUGUCAGCUCCCUCAAACAGAUCAUCCUAGUCCAGAACGAUGCCGGUCGAAUUGAUACCUCUGCAUUAAAGUGCAUCACACCGUAUACUUCGAUAUACUCUGAGCUCCUGCAGGACAUGAAGGCUUUGCCCGACCAGGGACUCUCUCCAACUGAUGUUGUGAAUAUCCAAUUCACCUCCGGGACAACAUCAAUGCCCAAGGCAGCAUGCCUGAGCCACCGAUCGAUAUUAAACAAUGGGGUGCAAAUUGGGGAUAGAAUGCUGCUCACGCCCAAGGAUAUCGUAUGCUGUCCUCCGCCGCUCUUCCACUGCUUCGGAUGUAUCCUCGGAUACAUGGCAACAGCCACUCAUGGAUCGGCCAUAGUAUUCCCAACCGAAUCCUUCAACGCAGUAGCAACGUUGAAAGCUGUGCAGGAAGAGAAGUGCACGGCACUCUAUGGCGUACCGACCAUGUUCAUAGAGGAGCUCGACCUCCUUGCAGACGGUGUCGUACCCUAUGAGGGAUUCCAGUACCUGCGCACUGGCAUUGCAGCCGGCAGCAGCGUGCCAUCUGAACUGAUGAAGAAGCUACACAAAACGCUCAACCUGACUGAGCUGACAAUAUGCUACGGUAUGACGGAGACAAGCCCCGUCUCGACCAUGACUGCAACGGACGACCCGAUUGAGAAGCGGCUGAACACUGUGGGCAAGUUACUUCCACAUGUCGAAGCCAAAGUGGUCAACCCACUAGAUUACGAUCAAAUACUCCCUCUAGGCGAGAGGGGUGAGCUGGCUGUCAGCGGAUAUCAUGUCAUGAAGGAAUAUUGGGGCGCACCCGAGAAGACUGCCGCUGUGAUGGUGCCAGACUCUGAAGGGAAGAUAUGGAUGCAUGUGAGUAUAGCUUUUUUUUUUUUUCGUUUUGCUUCUUCCUCUUCUUGUUUACGGCUUCUAAUCUAUUCGUCCACAAGACCGGUGACGAAGCUUCAAUGUCUGCCGACGGAUACAUCACCAUCACCGGGCGUAUCAAGGACCUGAUCAUCCGUGGGGGCGAGAAUAUUCACCCUCUUGAGGUCGAAAACUGCCUUCUCGCUCACCCCAGCGUGUCCAACGUAUCUGUGCUAGGGGUCCCCGACGAGCGCUACGGGGAAGCCGUUGCCGCGUUUGUGGUAACACAUGCUGAAGGGGAGGGCAAGGUGACGUCUGCAGAGAUCAAGAGCUGGGUUCGCGGCAAACUGAGCCAUCAUCUAGGUAAGUGAGUUGAGAGUCGAGAGCUGUUGCCCAUCCCAUCUGCACCACCAUUCCCAUCCCAUCCCGGACAACUUCCUUGAUCCCUUCACCGAGGCCGAAAGCCAGGGCAAAAAAGCAAGUCGUCCCAACUCGACGGGAUGGUCGCCGUGUCCGCGCACUACCCUGCGAUCAUCCCGCCAAGGCCACCCUGGCAAGGCUUGAUUUUGCUUAUUUGAGGUUAUUCGAUGGUGAUAUCUGUUUGUUUUUUCUCCUUUUGGCUCUUCGCUUCAAGAUUUCUGGCCUCGCGAUAAGCUGGGUUGGUAUCUUGCUGCAUUGCCAGCACAUGGGCAGAGUCGUUGUUUCAUAACACUCGCACAGCAUAUACCCAGCAUGGAGCUGCGGAUGGCUGAUCCUAUACCCGCGAUUGAUUGAUCCUCUAAGAUGGAAAAUUGGUGAUGACCAAUUGUCGCUAGCGCGAGCAGGAGACUCCGCUUAACAGCGUCCAAUUGUCUCGCUGUCAUUCAAUCUAUCGCAAAAUUACCCAUCGUCCCAUUAUAUACUUCCACGCAUACGGAGUGUAUAUAAGUAAUAUUCCACACCACCAGGUUGCGACGAUGGCCGUGCAACCUGUCUUCCAAGGUCUCCAUGUGAUCCAUGUGGAGUCCACGAGAGUGGCAGUGGCUGGCAACUAGCGCAAGCUUCCCAUGUCUGCAAGACUAGGACUGUUUCUGUCAAGCGUCCUCUCUCGCUGCAUGUCCGGUCGCCUGAAUGCUUGUCACGGCACAGGGGGGCCUGCUGCUGCAUCUUUUGUGUCUCCUGCCCCCCUCUUUCCCCCUUUUUUUUGAGUUGCAUUCGUUCGCCCUCGCUCGCCAUCACCGUCCAUUCGGCUGUCGAUCCGGCGCUACGAAUCCGUGCCAUUAAUGGAGCUGAAGCUCUCAUCUCAACGCUCAAGCCCUCUUUUCCAAUUAUUUUACCUUUAUCCCAUCGCCGGUUUAUAUAUACACAGACUCAAAUCCUUCAAAGCCCAGUUCCCCGGAGAAUUUUCCCAAGGAUAUUUCUCUUUUCUCCCUAAGCUUCGUUUCUUUUUCCUUCGUUGCCUUACUCCAUUCUCCUACUCGCCUUUCUCCUCUCCCAUCUCCCGCUUGCAUUUUAUUCUGGACUGCUUUUUCGGUCACCGGCGCUAACGACGAUCACUUCCUGCUUGACAGUGCCUAAAUAUAUCUUCUACAUCGAUGCCUCGGACUUCCCAAAGACCGCUAGUGGCAAGAUACAGAAAUUCAAGCUUCGUGAACGUGCAAUUGAGCUGAUCAAUGAAGACCAGCACCAGGAAAUGGCAGCGGUAUCGGCCAGCGGCACGGCAGCACAAACUGAGCGAACUUGAAACAAGCUCAAGCGGCAGAAAGUGAGUUGGUUGCUUUUCCCGGGUAUUUUGGAUAUCGAAACGUGGAAUCGAAUGAACCCGUCACUGGGUAUGACCGCGGCUUGUUUUUGGAGCAGGAUGAGAGAAUUAAACCACCACUAUCCCGCAUGCUCGCUCCCCCCCUAUCUAUCUGAUUCAUCUCCCGCUUUCGCGUCCGCAUCCGCAUCCGCUGCUCUGACCUGACCUCCUGCCUCGUCACCCCCUCCAUCGCCUCCCACCCCUGCGAUAUAUAUUGUUUAUGUUUCUCCAUAUGUCGUCAUCAAAAUGGAGGCAUCCUCACAUCAGUACUUAAGUACGGGUGCACUAUUGAGUAUUUAAAUGGGGCACCAUACUUCGGUACCCAUAACCAGUUUUACCUGACAAGUGUAAAGUACAGGAAUAACUAGUGCGUAUGUAAAAAUCUGGGAAAACCCCUCUCGUAUCUUCUCCAGGUUACGCUGAGGCGGAAGAGAUAGGGAUAUAAGUAGCCUCGUAUCCUUUCUAUGAUUGCAAUUUUGGAUUAAAGAAUAGAAAUUGGGUUAACUAGUUGCUCCAGAGUUAUUCGAAGCGAGGUGCAUUCGAACCGAAACUGACGUCGCU